CAAAAUUAUUUCUGCAACUCUACCGUCGUAUUAUGAAUCACUAAAAACUAAAAAGCGCUGAAAAACUUAUUUCUUAAACAUUUCGUGUUUUUCUUUAUUGUGCAUCGCUCUUUGCGCCUUGCAACGCUUAAAGGGCUGCUUGCAUCUGGCUUCCUUGACGGGUCCACGUUCGCUCUCUAAGACUAUGCACAAUCACUGAAGAAGGCUCGAACUGAGUCCGAAACGUUUGAUGUCAAUAAAGAAGAAAGAUCGUUUAAUGUGAUCGUUUUCAUGGAUUAUUUUUUUUCUCCAAAAAAACAUGCCUUACAACUGCGUUGGCUCUUUAUGAGCUUUUACUAUAUUUUAUUUUAAUUCGUUAAUGGAACAUUAUUAAUUGGUGCGCAUGCUCUUAGUAUUGAAGAAAUUUAUGGUACUUCCUACAACUUUUGUAGAAAAAACACAGACAUCGUUUAUACAUUACAUAAAAUUACAUAAAAUUUUCGUCUUUUUUAUAGAACAGGCUUUUUACGAAGAACAAGGAAAUUUCAAAAAAGAUUCAGCAUUCGGAAUUUUGCACAAGAUCCUUACAAGAUAACGAAUCGUCACAAUGUUACAAUCUAAAGAAUUAAAACGAUCUUUCGACGAGAAUUUAUUGAAUGACUACGCAAAGAACGACGUCGCUCUGAAGGAAGAGAUUCAAAAGAACAGCGACUUUAUGAGCAACUUUAAAUCUACUAAUGAUGAUUGUGACAAAUCGGUUCUUGUUUCAGUGAACUUCCGUACCGAUCAACACAAAAAAUUCAUAACAAUGUGCAAACAGGAACUCAGUGACGAUUUGCCAAUGGAUUUCAAUCAAUGGACGCUCAAAGAACAAUAUAACCAUCUCAUAAACAAUAUUAGCAAAUAUUUCCCGAACAUACCCAAAUCCCUGAGAUCCAUUUUGCCGGCGACCUUCGAGGAUGGAGAUUGCGGUCGAUCGGCGAACGAGAGACCGGAUUGGUUGGAUAUGAACAAAUUUUACCGCGGACAACAAUUCGCCUUGCGUUAUUUCUGCGCAAUCUCCCUAAGCAAUUUGAUAAGUCUACCAUUGUCGUUUAGUUUUGCCGAUGGAUUGAAACCGCUUAUCCUUAGUCAAAAAUCCAGCACACCAUAUAACGCUUUCAAGCGCUACUUAUCAUCAAUCAGACAUUUCAGGAAUUGGUACACGAGUGAUCCUUGGUGUGAAGGAACGCAAGCCUAUCACGACAUUCAAGUGGUACGAAAGUUGCAUCGCGCCAUGCGACAGAAGUUAUGUAGCAUGAGCGACGAUGAGAUCGAUCUGGCUAGCAAAAUGUCAUAUAUGAAAUGCCCAAUGUUUCAAACGAUUGCGAAGGAUUUCGCGGAUGCAUGUCCGUUGGCGAAGAGCCGACAAUGCCCGUUUACGAUGUCAAGGAUAAAGGGAUUGAAUCAAGGCGACAUGUUUGGCACGCAAUUUGCCUGCAUGGGUUUGAUAGUACUCUAUCCAGAACAAUUCGGAAUAUAUGAUGCCAGCGACGAAGAUCUGGAAGCUUUCUGUCAUCUCUGGCGCGGCUUGGGUUACCUGUUGGGCAUGCAAGAUCAAUACAACUUCUGUCGCGGCAGUUUGCAAGAUAUACGUCAACGUAUCGAAGAUUGUAUCGAAUAUUGGGUGAAACCAAACUUGCGCACAGUAACGGCGGAAUGGGAACACAUGACUCUAUGCCUCUACGAGGGCAUCGCUGCAAUUUCUUCUUUGAGCAGUUACAAAGUCUUUCUGCUAUAUCUUUGCGACAUAUUCAAACUUAAAAUGCCUCGUCUGUACAGUUCUCUCAAUUUUUGGGACAGAAUAGUGUACGUACUGUUGAAGUUUCAAUUCCUCUAUUUGACAAAAUUGCCGGGUGUUUUUCCUGUCAUGAACGCGAUGUUUCAUAAGGAUCUAAAUCGAGCGGCAAACUUCGGAUUUAAGGAACAUGCCAAACUUAAAUUAAAUUAUUCAGAAUCAUCCCGGAAUGUCAUGCAUAUUUAAAUCAAUCAAUUAUAAAAUAGUUUGUAUAACUUAUUAACAUUUAAUCAUAAGUUUUAUUAACUUUUAGCAUAGCCAUUUUUUAAUCAUAGGUAAUCAAAUUCAAAAUCAAAUAGAUUUUGUUUUUUAAAGAAAUAUCUCUUUGCUGUUUUUAAAAAUUGAUAUUCCUGCAAAUUUUUUUGCAGUACAAGAUAAGAUAUAAAUAAUAAAGGCGUGAGAUAGAGUAUUCAGCAAAUAUAUAAUCAGAAAUUAUUUUUACACAUGGUGACACAUAAUUAUUAAUUUUUUCAUUAAAACGUAGAAUAUUUGUACAUGUGUACAAUAAUAUACAUAGUUAUAUAGUUAAAGUUGUAAAGGCAGCAUGUCAAAUGGAUGUCUAUGAGUGUUUCUUCAUAAUUAAUGAAUGAAAGAUUAUCAAAUCAAAGAAUUAUGAAAAAUGAUCAUUAUUUACACGUUGCGAAUAAAGAAUUAAACUGCG